UAAAUGGAUCUUGAGACCAAAACUUUUUAGAACUGCUGAUAAAGGAUAAUGGCCGAGUAGUAUCUUUUGGGACAGUUCUGCAGAGAAAAACUAUAAACUUGAAAAAAAGUUUUAGAAACUACCAGAUGGCAUUCAAGAAUGACAGCAGGCAGAAACUGGAAUGAGGUCUACACUUGGAAGAAGGGAACAACAGUGGAUAAGUUUCCAUUUUUAUGGCUUUUAGCCUGAGAGAAGGCCCUAGCUGGUGACAUGAGAGGAUGGAUAAAACUGGGAUAACCCAUAAUCUUACUUGCUUGAAGAAAAGAGGAUGAAGUUCAGAGUGAUCACACAGCUGGAAAAGCCACAAUGGACACAGCUAGCCAUAGCCUUGUCCUCCUGCAGCAGCUGAACAUGCAACGAGAGUUUGGUUUUCUGUGUGAUUGCACAGUUGCUAUUGGAGAUGUUUACUUCAAAGCCCACAGAGCAGUGCUUGCUGCUUUUUCUAACUAUUUCAAGAUGAUAUUUAUUCACCAAACAAGUGAAUGCAUAAAAAUACAACCAACUGACAUCCAACCUGACAUAUUCAGCUAUUUGUUGCACAUUAUGUACACGGGGAAAGGGCCAAAACAGAUUGUGGAUCAUAGUCGUUUGGAGGAAGGGAUUCGAUUUCUUCACGCCGACUACCUUUCUCACAUUGCAACAGAAAUGAAUCAAGUGUUCUCGCCAGAGAUGGUGCAGUCCUCAAAUUUAUAUGGCAUUCAGAUCUCAACGACCCGAAAAACAGCUGUCAAACAAGGGCUGGAGGUCAAAGAAGCUCCUUCCAAUAACAGUGGAAACAGAGCUGCUGUCCAGGGUGACCACCCCCAGCUGCAGCUCUCUCUUGCCAUUGGGCUGGAUGAUGGCACUGCAGACCAGCAGAGGGCCCAUCCUGCUGCCCAGGCCUUGGAGGAGCACCAGAAGCCCCCAGUGUCCAUCAAGCAGGAGAGAUGUGACCCAGAAUCUGUGAGCUCUCAGAGCCAUCCCUCACCCUCAUCAGAGGUGACAGCCCCCUCUUUCACUGAAAGCAGUAUCAAAAUACACUUAUGCCAUUACUGUGGUGAACGUUUUGAUUCCCGUAGUAAUCUAAGACAACAUCUCCACACCCAUGUGUCUGGAUCCCUCCCAUUUGGUGUCCCUGCUUCCAUUCUGGAAAGUAAUGACCUUGGCGAAGUGCAUCCACUUAAUGAAAAUAGCGAGGCUCUUGAAUGCCGUAGGCUCAGCUCCUUCAUUGUCAAGGAGAAUGAGCAGCAGCCUGACCACUCAAACCGGGGUACCACAGAGCCUUUGCAGAUCAGUCAAGUGUCUUUGAUCUCCAAAGACACAGAGCCAGUAGAAUUAAACUGUAAUUUUUCUUUUUCAAGGAAAAGAAAAAUCAGCUGUACCAUCUGUGGUCAUAAAUUUCUCCGAAAGAGCCAAUUGCUGGAACACAUGUAUACACACAAAGGUAAAUCUUACAGAUAUAACCGAUGCCAAAGAUUUGGUAAUGCAUUAGCCCAGAGAUUUCAGCCGUAUUGUGACAGCUGGUCUGAUGUCCCCCUGAAAAGUUCUCGCUUGUUGGAAGAACAGUUAGACUCAUCUUGUGCCUUAGAGUCAGAACUCACACAAGAAAAUGUGGACACUAUCCUAGUUGAGUAGCAGUUUCUCCUUCAGAAUUCUUAUAUCAGUUCUGAAAAAGAAAAUUCACGUGCAUUUUUUUAUUCAUAAAUUAUUUUCCUCCUCAAGUUCUAUUGACUUUUUUCCUUUAUCAUUUAUCUCUAGUUUUAAAGUUGUAUAUAUUAGGUCUUCUUAUUGUAAGAUAUAUUAAUACAUGACUACUAAAAUGUAACCUUCAGUUAGGGCUGUGGACUUUUCAUAAAUUAAAUGACAAUUUAGAAAUCAGAAAUCAGUGUAGAAAUAUGGAACUUUAGAGUGCAUAGUUAUUUAUAGAAUUUCUGAGUUUUUCCAGGUUGUAGAAUCAGUAAAAUCAAAUUGAAUAUGAAGUAAGUGAAAUCUUUUUUAAAAAAUAUACUAGGCUGUCACUUCUGGCUAAUGUUUUACAUGAAUUAAGCCACUAUGAGGAUUAUUUUAAAAUAUUUUCUGCCAUAUAGGAAGUUAAUACUUAUUUUAAUGCAUAACUAUAUGUUAUAAAGUUUGUUUUAAGGCAUAGCUAUACCAAAUCAUGAGUAGUUUUAAAAUUACUUUUUACUUACUAGCUCUGCAACAUCUCACAUGGCUUUUGUUUAUUUUUUAACAUUGCACAUACCUCAUUUUCUUUUAUGUUUUUUGUGAGGAAGAUCAGCCCUGAGCUAACAUCUGCCAAUCCUCCUCUUUUUGCUGAGGAAGACUGGCCCUGGGCUAACAUCCGUGCCCAUCUUCCUCCACUUUAUAUGGGACGCCGCCACAGCAUGGCUUGACAAGCGGCGCGUCAGUGCAUGCCUGGGAUCCGAACCCCAGGCCGCCGCAGCGGAGCGCUAGCACUUAACCACUCCACCACCGGGGCGGCCCUCACAUACCUCAUUUUCAAUAAAAAAUAUUUUAAUUAAAAGAAGGAAAGGGAGAAGAGUCACACACCAAAAAAUCUUAAAGAGAGAAACAGUAAGAUACAUACACAUAGAUGAGCAUGGAAGCCCCCAGUAUCAGAGAGAGAUUCAGGUAGAUCUGUGUUGACUAACACCCCAGUGUUGUUACCUGAAUCUAGAGUGCUUUCUUAAAGCCUUUAAGAGAAAUUUGAGAUUUUUCUGACCAAAGGUUUACAUGAGCUUAAAGAAGAAAAUGAUAAAAUACAAAUUAUCUUUCUACCUUCAGUGUGAGACAAUUUUCUAGGCUGCCCGAGUUGAUGUAAUUUUCUAACAAUCGCACGAAAAAGUAAUUUUUUGGUGGCACAGUUUUCACUUUUUUCUGCUCCAUAAAACCAGCAGAGUAGAUAAAGUCAGUGUCCUAGAACUGUUUAAAAUCCAUGAUAGCUUUCCCUCUGUGAAUAAACUUAACUCCCUUUUAUAAUGGUGAAACUUACAAAGCGAAAACUCCAGAAAAAUUAAAAUUGAUGGACUAAAUGAUAGAUUCUCUUGCUCUGUGUAGCUGGGAAAUAGCUGGUCAAACUUUACCACAAAGGAUAGAUCUAAAUUUUUCUGAAACGUUUAAAUUUCAAAUACUAGAUAGUUAAAAAUAACACAAGAGAAAAGCUUCAAAACAGCCUCAUCUUUUUUGUAUGCUGCCUGUUAAAUUCUAAGCCUUUGGAUUUUAAUAAAUCUCACAAAUUUGGUUUCUGAAGUUUAGAAUUUAACUGCAUAGAAAAACUCUUUGAGCUCCUCGCUGACUACACACUUUUGAGGACAUUUGCUGACACCAUGAGAGUUUCUCGACAGUAUGAGUUCAGUUAGGAGGGAGCUCAAAGGGAAAUCCAGCUCAUUCUGAGGGCCCAAAGGUUUUCUCUGGGUAAACAGCAAGUUUAGGUGAAUUAUGAAAUGAUAAGUUUUCCUUAAGGACUGAAUGAAGAAAACCAAUGGGCAUUGUUAAAGGCAGUUGAGUUUCUGCCUUAGACAAGAGAGUAAAGCCUCCUGGGGUCAAGAUUGAUAUGUGUCGAGAGCGGAAUCUAAGUAGCUAUUGAUAAAGGGUCAGUUGUAUUGGGAGGAGUUAAAACAAACAUGUUGUUCUUGGGGGUCAGAAGUUCAUCUAAUCAAACUUAAAUCAUUUAAGCAAUUAUUCAAACUCAUACAGCCCUCAAAAAUAUCAUCUCAUAGGAUGAACACAAAUAUUAACAUUGAUUUCAUGUAUAUUAGGCUAUUCAGGAUAUAUUCCCUAGCCUUCUUCAAGUAAAAUUUUUUUUCUCAUUCAGGUAACAGUUUUUCUGAUUUUUUCUUCUAUAUUCUUUCCUCCUUGCUCAGUCGUUAGUCCUUGACACAAGAAGUGUUGUAGCUAAAGCAUGGGAUUAGGGUUGCAUAUGAGUUGUGGGGUCAGACAGCAGUUCAGGACAGAGUCUGGAGAAAUGUGAGUUUGCUUGUGGCUGAUUGGCCAUGAUGGACAAUAUUAAUUUAAACCAGAAAUAGAUCUUCAUUCGUUGGGUGUUAAGAAAAUAGUGGUUAACUGUAUUUUUAUUCUUAUGCAUAUAGUUCCUUUUAAUAUUAGGAAUUCAAAGCAAAUGUUCUUUCCUUUGUCUUCAUAAUAUUCUCUGUGUUUUAGGAAGUGGAAAAAUGUUAACUCCAUUUUGUAGGAAAAAAACCCCAAAAACUGGGUUGCAGAGAGCCAGUGAAUAGUGGUAUGGGAACUGGCCCCAGUUUUAUUUUUUUUCAUUCACUCAACAGGCAUAUUUUUUAAAUAACUGUUAAAUGACUAACACUGUGCCCUGAGUGUUUGUUUGUUUUUUUAGGGAGGUCGGGGGGAAGUAAGAUUGUCCCUGAGCUAACAUCUGCUGCCAAUCCUCUUCUUUUUGCUUGAGGAAGAUUGUCCCUGAGCUAAUGUCGGUGCCAAUCUUCCUCCACUUUUUUAUAUGUGGGAUGCCGCCACAGCAUGGCUUGAUGAGCCAUGUGUAGGUCCGCGCCUGGGAUCCAAACCCACAAACCUCGGGCCACUGAAGCAGAGUACGUGAACUUAACCACUAUGCCACCAGGCGGUACCCCCGAAGUGUAUUUUUUUAAGACAUGAUUCCUCACUGUAAAAAUCUACUUUGUAUAAAGAAAGUUCUUCCAGCUAAACUCUUUAGUUUUGACUUCAUCAUUUGCAAAAUAGAGGUAUAAUCUUAGCCAUAUAGUAUGGUUUGCAUAAUGAUUACCAAGCUCUUACAACGGCAAACGCUAUAUGCACCUUCAUCAAUGUAUCAGGCAAAUACUAACCCAACAUUUUCCCCUUGGAUCAGCUUAGAAUUUUCCCCUCUUUCCAGAUCCUAUAUAGUUGUUUUCUGGAGAAAAACAGACUGUUUCACUAUUUGUUCUUAUUAGCAUAUUGUUAGAACUCAGUAUCUGAUAAGUGUAGUCUGCCUUAUAAGAAAACCAAAAUUUCUUGAUCUAUGUCUCUUGAGAUUAUUAUUUCUUGCAUUGAUUUUCUGAUUUCCCAUCUGUAAAGUGGAUAUAAGCAAUCCCUACCUCACAGGGGUGUUGUGAGGAUUGUAUUAAAAUUGUGUUAAGUUCUCUCGGUAUUAUUGAUAAAAACCAACCAUAUAAAGAAAAUUUCAUUUGUUCUGUAGCUAAACCUAUUAACUUUACUAUUCCAACCCAUAAAUUCUAGUAUGUGUUAGGAGCAGUCAUAUACUAUUUAAUGUUCAAUAAUUAAUUAAUUGACAAAAUUCUUAUUUUUAUUUUUUACAAAUACUCUAGAAAUAGCAGUGUUGCUAGAAUUCCUGUUCUACCAUAGUUUAAUCAUCAGUAUUUCUCUUAGCCUUUAGCAAGGAGGAUGUUAGUUCUUUGGCAUUCUUGGGAAUGAAACUUUGCCACUUUCAGCUUACUGCAAGUUCCCCCCAAACAUAUUAUUUACACAUAGGAAAAGGAACAAAAGCAAUGGCGAAAAUGUCAUUUUUAUUUCUUUGAUGUAGGUCAUCUGAAAAGUAGAUGGGGAUAGGAAAUGGAGUGGGGAUAAUAUAGUAAUGCAUUAUGUUCUAUUAAAAUAUUAUUGGAAAAGGCUUUAGUUAAAACUCAAGGAAAUAUAUAUUAAUCAUGGAAAAAGAUAGUCUGGAAAAUGUAUGCUUCUAUUAAUGUUUAUUUGCACAGGGGAAUUCUUGAUGUAACUCAGAUCCUUGAGAAGUAUCCUUUAUUUGUAGUAAUUGAGGUAAAAAUAGGUCAUGUGAUGAGUUUUCAUAAUGUAAAUUGUGUCUUUGUAUGUUUUAAACUAAAUAUAGCUCUAUGGUAUUUUAUUAUAAUUAAUUUUUAAAUUCCUAAGAGUGAUAUCUGUAAAUGAUUAUGCUCUGCUGUACUUCUGCGUUUGUAUGGUUGGACUUUUUGAAAACUGGUGAGAUUACCCAAUCCCCAGCCUGGAUGUCUUAAAUACCAGGAAUCACAAACUGUGACUUUGUCUUCACAACUUGGAAGAAUCCAUUGUGCUUCAGUGUGUAUCUGUGCCACACUCGAUGACUUGGUAGAUAUUGCUUCCAUGCAAUUGACGUUAACUGUCAUCAACUCUUCUGUUUUAUGCCAAAUAGUCAUUUAGUCAGAUUAGAUCAAAUAUCAACUUAAAAAUACUUGAAAAUUGGAUUUUAAAAACUUGUACAAUAAAAAGGCCCAAUGAAGAAAUUUUCAAAGUACAAGUUACACAUAGGAAAGAUAGGAGACUGAAAUCAAUAAUAUACUCUUUUAUUGACUGAAAUCAAUAAUAAACUCUUCCACCUAAUGUACUGUGAGUUCACUUCAGAAAUAUUCUUUUAGAAAGUUCUGUAUCCUCUAUUUGGAAUGAAAACAAUGGGUUUCGUGUAUUUUCUCAUGACAAAUAAAUUAAUGUGACUUGGUCAUAAACAAAACCUUUUAUUAGCUCAGCUUAUAG